CUCCGUCGCCUAUAAAAGGAGAAACGCGCCCCCUUCGACGCUUCUCCGCCACAAUCACGAGAAUGCUUCGUCCUCCCCAGCUCUAUCUCCUUUGCUACAACUCCCUCCAAGCCCUCGGAUGGUUGAUUGCACUCGCUAGGGUUUUGGGGAGCCUCUUCGCAGCGAGCUCCUUCCAUGGCGCCUACGCCUCCGCUGGAGAGCUCAUCUGUGAGUCUGGAGGGUCUGCUGCAGGCUGUUUCCUUCCUGGAAUCAAUACACGCGGCUGUAGGCCUGGUUCCUACUGGAGUUCUAGUUUCUCUGAUGCAAUGGGGUGGGCGGACUCACUUCUUGCUUGCUAUUGUUCGCCAGAUUCCAGAGGUUCAGAGUCAUCCAUCAGUGUUUAUAACUUUCACGGCAUGGUGCAUGUCUGAGGUAAUAAGGUACUCCCAUUAUGCUCUGAGCUGCAUAAGAAUUUGUCCGUGGUGGCUCACCUACCUCAGGUACACUGCAUUUAUUUUCUUGUACCCCAUUGGAGUAGCUCCAGGAGAAAUGUGGCUUAUGUAUGAAGCACUUCCAUUUGUAAAGGAGCGAAACCUUUAUUCGAACUUCUUCAAUAAAUUCCCAAUAAGCUAUUACUCCUUUCUUGUGGCUUUGUUGAUGUGCUAUCCGAUUUUGUGGUUGAAGCUAUACCUGCAUCUAUUUAAGCAACGGCGGUCGAAGCUGGGGAGACAACAGAGAAAGAAGCAGCUUUGAAGAGCUGGUCUUAUUCUUUUCAGAGAUAUAAAUCAGCUUGCCGAAACGGCGCUGGCGGCUAGAGUAGCCUCUGGACCUAUGAUGCAAAAGCUUCAAUUUGAGACCUCUACUUUUGCUAGAAUGGAAAACUAUUGGAGAGAUAUUAUUUCAAAAAUUGCUGAUACUUCUUCAAACAGCAGCAGUUCUACGACAGUUUCAGCUGGACCGAAGAGGUCCCCGUAUUUGUUGUUACAUAUUAUAUUAAGGAUGAUGUCCUUUUCUUUCCCCAGCUAGUAAACGCCAAAAUAAAGGGCGAAGAACAAUAGUGUUAAUUGUCUAUUGAAAUUAAAAAGGAUAUUUUUCUAACG